AUGGAUACCUUUGCCUCAUCUCUGAUCAUGCCUCAAGUGGGAGUUUGGAACUUUGUCCAGUCUCCGAGAGGACAGAGCAACUCCAAGCGUGGUUCUUCCGAUCCAGAUGAAGCACGAGCGAGUGUCUCUCAAAGAGCCGUCGGGAAUUUUGAUUUCCUCGGAGCAAAGAACGAAUGGGUUUGUGCGCUGUUUGCAGCUUGCCAUGUGGUUUUCCAAGCCUAUGGCAGCACCAAAGAAGAGGUCACCGCCAGCUGGCACCAUAAAGUUCCGCAAAGCCGUUCUCCCCUUCACCCGGUGGUCGCCAUGGUGGUUGGUUUCGCAUGGGUCAAAUCAUGGCAAUUGCGGACCUCUGGCCAUGCCAAAGUGAAAACAUUUGGCAUCAAUGGCAGCUCCCCCGAGAUUGCAAGUGGGUUUUGGACAGCAGGUCGAUAG